CUACAAAGAACGUUGUUAUGUUAAUAACCUGGGUCGUCAGUAAAUGACCAUGAGGUUUCUAAUACUGAUGUGCUCCACGUGGUAUGUUGUCGCCGGCAUCAGUGACGUCGCACCCAUCCCUCCUAUGGGUUGGACGACACAGGGGCUGUUCGACUGCCGUGUCAACUGUACAGCCGGAUUAGAAACAUGUCUCAGCCAAACCUUGAUCAGGCAGAUGGCUGUUACAAUGGCAACAGAUGGAUAUCGAGACGCUGGUUACAAGUACCUCGUCAUUGGUGAUUGUUGGUCGGAGAAGAGGAGGACUGCACAAGGGAGGCUACUCGCAAACAAAAGCCGGUUCCCUGACGGCAUCGCGUCACUGGCUAAAUAUCUCCAUUCAAAGAACUUAAAACUUGGACUUCACAUGGACCUGGGGAUUGUCACAGAAAAUGGGUACCCGGGCUCAAAAGGUCACGUGGCUACAGACGUUGGCGACAUGGCAACGUGGGGAGUAGACAUGAUCUACGUUGAUGGAGUUUCUGAGGAUGUUAAGGAAUUGGAAACUAGUGCUGUAUUCCUUGACAAGAUCAUCAACUCCACUGGGUGGUCUCCCCUUGUUUCCUGUGGUUGGCCUGCGCGACUUGUCCGAGCCAAUAUUACGCCAAACUAUGACGUCAUCAAGGACCUGUGUCACACGUUUCGGAGUACAAAGAAACUGAGUUACACCGCCAUUUGGAAUGACAUCUACAACACCUCACUCUUCUUCACACGCGACGAAUACAACAUCAUAAGCCACCAAGGGCAAGGUCGAUGGAAUGAUCUGGGUAUGUUGUUGCUUGGAUCCAGUAUUCUUCCGGAGAAGUGCACACACACUCAGCUGUCAUUCUGGGCUAUGCUCAAUUCCCCUCUCUUUCUUGGUUCCGAUUUGCGCCACCUAGCGGCUGCUGACAAGGCCGCCGUACUUCGGAAGCCCCUCAUUGGGCUAGAUCAGGACACUCUCGACAAUAACCCAUUGAUCAAAACACAGUAUGGACCGGAAGUUCAGGUGUGGCACCGUUUUCUGACCUAUGCCAACCACGCCGUGCUCGUUGUGUCCUGGGCUCCCCCGGAGGUCAUCCCGCGGCCAAUAGUGACCAACCUCACUCUUCAGGACGCGGGGGUCAAUAUCCAACCAGCCUAUAGUGUACAGGAUCUACCCAGUGGUCAGCCGAUUGGUCACUACUUCACUGAUGACGUCAUCAUGAUACAGGGGGCACCUGUCACUGUCUACCCUGCCGGACACAUCUUGUUGAAGGCCGUCUCUGAGCACUAACCUUUAGAUCUUACGAUGUCAUUUUGCGAGUAGUUCGUAUGGACGUUUUGAAUAAAAUCAUGCAUAUUA